GGAUGUUUUGGCAUUUUUCUAUCUCCAGAUUUUAGAAAUAUUAAACUUUGAAUUUAUAAGUAUUCAAAUAGAAGUAGAUAGAUGAAUUCACAGUAGAAAUGUCAAUUCCUCCAACACCGAUACAUCCAGGUCCUAAUGAAGAAGUACAUGAACUUCCACCAGGUCGUUUACCGGAUAGUCUAUUGGCAGAUAUAGACUUAGAUGAUGAUGAAGAUGAUGAUGAUGACAAAGAUGAUAUAGUGGUGACUGAUCCACCAAUUCAAGCAUUAUCUAAGUUAACCAAUAGAUUAAGCGACAGCUUAAUGAAUAUUGAUUCCGUCGACUCCGAAGUUAGUCUCGAAGAAAUUGAUUUAAAAGAAAUGAUUCAAAUCACCUUACCAUUCGAUGAAGCUUAUGAAUUAUUACAAACCCUGUUAAAAGAAGUUGAACCAAUUUUCUUAACAGAACAACAACAAAGUAAAUUAAUCAAUUAUAUUGAUGAGAAUCUAUUAAAGAUUCAAAGAAAGUUCAUUAAACAUAUCUCAGAUACAUCAGAGGUGUAUACCUUACAAGAAUUAUUGGAUGAAUUGCUAACUAUAGUUAAUUUGAUUUUCACACCCAUUGAAAAGAAAAAUCCAUUAUUUGGUCAAGGUGAAUACUAUAUUAAAAUACUUGGGGAUGUUGAAGAUUACCUCAAUCAUUAUCAUACGUUAUUUGAUGAACAUAUUGAUAGCAUAAUUCAACGAUUUGAUAAUAAUAGAUUAAUUCAAUUCUUUAUAUUCUUUCAGAAAUUAGAUUUACAAAUUUCAUUAUUGAUGGAUGGUUAUACUGAUAUAAAUCUGAGGAAUCAGAAGAUGAAUUCAACUCAAUUGGUGAGAUUAAUUCCUAUAAUAUCAAGAUUAAGAAUCCUAAUUAUAUAUAAAGUUGAUCAAGUAAGGUUGAAAUUAACUAAUUUAUAUGAAAAUCAAUCUACUUCUACGUCAACCAAACAAGAAUCUAAGAGACUAUUACACUUAUUAGAGUUAGAGAUAGGUCGACUAUUUGAAGGUAUUCUUGAAAGAAGUUCUUAAUCAUUUAAUUUUUGCAUCUAUUUUUAUAGCUUUUAUAUAUGUAUAAUACGUUUUUUUUUGUUCUUCUUUCAUAUUUCGAUCGUGCAGGCACC